AGGGUUAUUAAUAGAUGAUGCAAAGAGAGCAGAGUCAGAACAGACAAACUCUCCACUCAGCAACCUACAGCUUGUUGUUACACCACACAGGUACAAUUAGAAGACUUGAACAGUAGAAAUAUGGACAAUGUUUCUGUUGUAAAGUUUUUCAUUUUCACAGGGAUAAAUGAGACAACGGACUAUAGAAUAGCUGUCUUCUCCUUGACUUUACUGUAUUACUGCCUGAUUUUGUUUCUCAAUGUCUCUCUUGUUGUGAUCGUUGUCUUAGAUGAAAAUCUGCAUGAACCUAUGUACAUUUUACUCUGCAGUGUUUGCUUUAAUGCCAUUUACGGCACAACAGGUUUCUACCCUAAAUUUCUUUUAGACCUUUUGUCGUUAUCUCAAGAAAUCUCAUAUGAAUGGUGUCUCCUACAAACAUUUGUCAUACACUCUUUUGCUUGUUGUGAAUUAUCUAUUCUAGCAGUUAUGGCGUAUGACAGAUAUCUGGCCAUAUGUCACCCACUGCACUAUCACUCUCUCAUGACUAAGAAGAGGCUGUGUCAGCUAGUGGCUUUCUCCUGGGUGACACCUUUCUUUGUUUUGUCAGUCAGCAUUAUACAAACAUCUAGAUUGGAGUUAUGUGGAUCAAAAAUGAAGCGGAUACUUUGUGUGAACUGGAUAAUUGUUCGGCUUGCUUGUUCUCAUAGUAAUACCACUGCAAUUACUAUUGCUUCAUAUGCAACAAUUGUUAUUUAUGUGUCUCAUGGCCUUUUUAUAAUUUGGACUUACAAGCAUAUAAUUAAAACAUGUACAAAGUCAAAAGAUGUCAGGGUAAAGUUUAUGCAGACAUGUUUGCCCCAUUUAAUCUCUUUAAUCACAUUUUUGGUGGUAAUGGUUUUUGACUUGAUGUACAUGCGAUUUGGCUUCACAGAUUUACCACAAAAUCUUCAAAACUUUAUUACUAUAGAAUUUCUCCUCUUUCCUCCGCUCAUGAAUCCUCUCAUUUAUGGAUUUAUACUCAACAAAAUAAGAAACAGAAUUCUGAGCUUAGUUUACAUUAAAAGACUAUGACCAAAACAUUUUCCCAAACCAGUUUAGAAAAAAAAUAUUAUUUCCUCAGCAUGCUUACCAAGAAUUGACCUUUUCAGUUGCAUUGAUCAUGUUGUUUUCUUGUUAAACAUAUCAAACAUUUUAAUCUAAUGAC